AGCACGGUAACCCUCGAGGCCCUUUAGGUGGACAGAGGAGCCCCCGGAACCCCCAGCGAGAGGCAAGACGGUGGGACGCAUGCGCAGGGUGGCGGCGGGGGCUUCACGGCGGAGUGUACAUAUAUUACCAGGUGGCGGGGGGACGAAGCCAGUGCCGCCUGUGUCCCGCGCCGUGAGUGCCUUGGCUAGUGAGUGUCAAGACGUGCCAGGUAUCGGAAGUGCUGAGGAGGCUUCUUUAGGCCCACGUUCACGCGGGUACGAGCGGCGGCGGCGGCGAAACCAAGACGACAAUGACGACCACGGUGUCCAGGAUAUGUCUCCUGCUGAUGGUGGCGGCGUGCCUGGGCUUGGCAGCGGGGCAGAGCACUGACUACUGCAAGUUCACGCCCGAACAUACGCUGUGCAAAUUUUCCGGGGUGGGUCCUCGCUGCGGGUCUCAAGUGCGGGGCAGAGGCGUGAGUUCCCAGAGCGCCGCGACCAUCACGGCGAUGCACAACCAGCUGAGGUCGCAGGUGGCGCGAGGAGAGGAGAGGAGAGGGGCGCCGGGCCCGCAGCCUCCCGCCGCUAACAUGAGGACAUUGGUGUGGGACGAUGAGCUGGCCAGAGUGGCGCAGCGGCACGCCGACCAGUGCGUCUUCGAGCACGAGUGUCCUGACUGUCGACGCGUGGACAGGUUUGGGGUCGGCCAGAACCUUUUCAUCAGCUUCCAGAGCAACCUGGACCUGAGGGUGCAGUGGAACCGCGCCAUCCUCAGCUGGUACAACGAGGUGCAGGACUUCUCCAACAGCAGCAUCCAGCCCUUCCAGUUCACGCUGCAGACGGGGCACUACACGCAGAUGCUAUGGUGGGACACAUCGCGCAUCGGCUGUGGCUUCACGAUGUUCCUGGAGGACGGGUGGUGGAAGAAGCUCUACACGUGUAACUACGGCCCGGCGGGGAACAUUAUCUUCAGCCAGAUGUACCUCCGGGGCGCGCCGUGCUCCGCCUGCCCCGACGGCACCUCCUGCUCCCUGGAGUACCCGGGCCUCUGUGAGGCGAGCGACGACUUCGCCCUCGACGUCGAUUCCCCCAGCACUGUUCUGCCGCCCACGCCUUCACAGGACGACAUCAACACAAUCUUCGAGGACUUCAAAGGCUUCAACGGCCUCAUCAACAUUAACAGCAUCACUCCCAACGACGUGGAUCUUGCGGCUCUCCUCUCAUUCUUCAACAACCGCAGACGACCGGGCCUGAUCACCGCCGCCCCGACCACGCCUCUUGCUGGGCCUGAGGGCAGUGAGUCCAGUGCUGCCCUAGCGGUGACAACGCCUUCCACAGCACCGAUUGACGUCAGAGCUCCUGUGGCUGACGAUAGUGAUGUUUCUGAGACCACGACACCCACCACUGCUACUGUUGAUCCAGGGCCCGAUGCAGCCACUCCGGAGCCACAAGAAGAGUCCCUGACAGCAACCACCCUGACUCCGUCCCUCCCCGCAAGCCUUGUCGCCGCCCUCACCUCCCCUUCCCCGGUACAGAAUGAAACCUUCGCUCCGAUCAUCGCCAUCAGUGAGGAGCCAUUGAGGGCGGGGAAUGAGUCUACAGACGCCUUCGAGAUGUCUUCCCCACGUGUAGAGGAACCUGAAGCAGAGAGGGUCACGCCGGAACUCGAGGCGCUAAGGAUCCCUGAGGAAGGAGUGUCCACAGACGCCGCUACAAACACUGAGGAGCCCUUGACGCUGAUGUCCUUCCUUAGGCGGGCGGGAACGAACACUCAAGUCAUCCGCACCAGCUCACUCAACAACGUGUACGAAAUCAUUCAAACCCUGCCGGAGGGGACCAAGCCCAUCGUUCUCUUCAGGACAAGGUCGGGUCAAUUGACGGAGCUGGACCCCACGUCGCUGUCGCCCAUCCCAAAUCGCCCUCAACGCUCCACCUCUCGCCGGGUUCCUGAGCCAGCCCGCCUCCUCACCUGCGAUAUGGACAUGUCUCCCUGCAAGAUGAGCCCCACCGGAGGGAAAUGGACGGUAGCCAAAAGUUUAGGUGAAGGUCGCCACGCGGAAAUUCAGCUGGACGAAGGAGAAGAAGCUCAAGUGUUGGUGAAGGAGAUGGUGAAGGCUCCUCCCUCCGGCAUGGCUUGCGUCACCUUCACACACCGCCGAGACAUGCUGCCCGCGGCUGCCAACACAACCGAGUCUGUGUCUCCCGCCCCCGUCACCUCGGACAGCGCACUUCCCGAGCUGCAGGUGGGCGUGAUGCCGCUGGGGCAGGAGGGAUCCCAUCAGUCAGUCUUGGGCGUGCCGGGCCUGUGGGAGAUGAGCCGUACCACCUUCAGGGACCUCGCCAGGCCCUUCGUGGUAAUGGUGACGGCGGGCCCCGCGCCGCGCCCCUCCAUGGUGGCCCUCGACGCUCUCACGGUCACUGACGGCCCAUGCUGCCUCUCGGGACGCUGCUAGCAAUGCAGGUAGGGGCGUGCACACACACACACACACACACACACAAGCACAGGCACAGGAGGAAGAGGAGAAGUAGUAGUAGUAGGAGGAGGAGGAGGGGAAAGAGGGGGUGGGGAAAGGAAGGGAAAGAGGAGGAGGUGAAGAAUGAGGGCGGGUUGUCGCCUGAAGCAAACCUUUGAGAACUUAAAUUAAAGAGCGCGCGGGGGCGUUUAAAUCUGUUCUAAGUGAGCAACCGCGGCUGCCGGAGCCUCCCCUUUGUGGCUGCCCCCUCCCCCCCCCCCCAGCCGCUCCCACGCCGCGAAGGGGACGAGAAACUACAAAUGUCGCUUCAUUGUUAGUUUCAGCUCGAGUACCCGCCUGGCCCUCCGUCCCUCCCAACGGCGGCCCGGCAACGUCUUCGAGGCCCGCGGACGACACCACCACCACUAACAUGAACAACAACAACAAUCACCACUACUCUCCUCCUCCUCCUCCUCCACGGUAAAAUUGAUAUCACUUAUAAAACAGAACCGGUGAUAAUUAUGAGGUAACAAAUUAACUUAUUCGUCACCCACAUACCCACACAUACACACACUCAUACUCACGCGGAACACUUCAAUUAGACCCUCCUCCUCCUCCUCCUCCUCCUCCUC